AUGAUUGGCUGGCUGGGAAAAAAAGAGAGCUUGGGCCUGGCGAUCCCUCGCGAUUCAGAAACUGACAAGCGAUCCGUUGAUGGAGAGGGCUGCUCGACGCCGUCGGAUUUCCGAUGUGACAACGGGGAAUGCAUUCCAGGCGAGAAAAAAUGCGAUCGAAAGUACGAUUGCCGUGACGGCACCGACGAGACGAAAUGCGACUACUUCUUGGCAGCGAUGAAAGCUCACCACGCUUCGCAGACAGCCGGCAACAACAAUGCGAUUCACAACGAACCACAAAGGCUACCCGCAGCAAAAAGUCAACCUGCACACAACGACUACGACGCUGAGCGGGAGUGCAGCGAUCAGGAAUUCCGUUGUCCCUACCUUGUCGAAGCGAAAUGUUUCCACUACGAGAAGCUCUGCGAUGGCGUUGAUGAUUGUGGCGAUGGAUCGGAUGAGAGCAAUUGCGAGUCAGGAAGCCCAGAAGAUCGUACGGCUCAACCGAAUCCGCCCGAUCAUCGCGGAAAUUGCAAUCAUGGACAGUUCCAGUGUCGUGACGGGAAUUGCAUCGACGAGUCGCUAAAAUGCAACCGAAAAUACGAUUGCAAUGACGGAAGUGAUGAGACGGAGUGUGACUACUACAAAGCGGCGAUGGCUGCUCACCAAAAAACGGCUCAAUCACACCCGAAUGCCGUCCCAGAAAACAACGGGAAAGACGCUGAGCUUCAGCAACGCGAGCAAGAACUCCGCCGCCGCGAAGAGGAGGAAAGACGCAGGGAAACCGAGGAGAGGAGGAGAGAACAAAAUGAAUCCCAACGCGAACAAGAGAACUCAAGACGCGAGGAGCAGCGCCGGAUCGAAGACGAUCUCCGUCGUCGCCAACACGAAGAGCGGCAGCGACACGACGCUGAACGACGAGAUGAAGAAAGGAGAAGAAUGGAAGAAGAGGCGAAAAGGAAAGCACAUCCAGAACCACCAAAAGAGGUCCGCUUCUCCGGAGAACACGAGGCUGACUCUUUGAGAGACGAAUAUGAGGAUGCUGGUUGCCUCGAGCACGAGUUCAUGUGUCGAACGGGAGACUGUAUUGAUAAGAGAAGAGUUUGCGACACUCGAUCCGAUUGCUUAGACGGGUCAGAUGAGGAGAAUUGCCCGGUGAGGAAUCAGCAACGAGAUCAACAGCGAGAUCAACAACGAGAUCAACAACAAGAUCAUCCCCCACCACCUCCUCCACCGCCAAUUCCACCCAGAAACCCGCCGCAACAAGCCAACAUCAACGCCAUUGACGACAUCGGACAGGACGUUCAAAUCACGAUCUAUCCCACCGAGGCACAGAUCCGAGACGGAAAGGACGCCUCUUUUGAUUGCCGAGCGCGCACCGCCGACAAUUCGGUCUACCCGCCCGUUCGAUGGACCCGUGUUGGAGGCCCACUUCCGGCAAACGCUCACGAGUCGACUGGUCGCUUGACGAUUUCCCCCGUUUCCCCAUCCGAUUCAGGACGCUACGUCUGCACUUCGACUCACAACGGAAGAACCGUCGAAGCGUCAGCUAACCUCAAUGUUCUCAGCUAUGGCCCACAAGAGUUGCAAGGCGUUCUGCCGACGUCGGGCGCCUGCGGACCGGAUGAGAGACAAUGCGGGAACAAUGAAUGUGUGAAGAACGAGUACGUGUGCGACGGAGAGCCGGAUUGCCGUGAUCGAUCCGAUGAACAAAACUGCCCAGCCAUGCGACAAUGCGAGCCAAACGAGCAUCGGUGCAACAACCAGCGCUGCGUGCAGAAGAUGUGGCUCUGCGACGGGGAUGACGAUUGUGGAGAUGGAUCCGACGAGUUGAGCUGUGGAGUGCAAGCAGCUGGUGAUGUGUGCAAGAAGACGGACGAUGAGGUUGGAUGUGUUCAGCCGACAGUUGUCGAACCGCCAGAAACACAUAAAGAAGUACAACGUGGACGGACUUUCGAGCUGAAAUGCAAGGCUGUCGCCGUUCCCGAGCCUUACAUCAACUGGCGUCUCAACUGGGGUCCUGUCUGCGAGCCACCGCGUUGUCUCCAAACCUCGGAAGGUGGCGUCGGAGUGUUAACUGUUCAGGAUGCUCAACCACUCGAUCAAGGAGCCUACACCUGUGAGGCGAUCAACGUGAAAGGCCGCGUGUUGGCCACUCCGGAUUGCAUCGUGCGCGUCGUCGACUACCCGUCACCGAAUCCACCACCGCCGCAACCCCCAGCUAGGCCUCAAAUUCAAUGCGAUGUCCGCGGCUCUGUCACCACGUAUCCACAAGCCGAGCGGUGUGAGUGCAAGCCACUCGUCCAAGGUCCCUCGUGUGACCAAUGCCAGCCUGGAUCAUUCCAUUUGACCGAAAAAGCCCCACAAGGAUGCAUCAAGUGCUUCUGCUUUGGAGUCACCAAUCAAUGUCAGAGCUCGUCACUCUAUCGCACAAAGGAAGCCGAAUGUGAAGAACUCCUGUUCGCUGGAGACGCUGAAGGAGUGACCCUGUCGGAUAUCGAGGAAAGAACGAUCGACUACAAUCCGAAAUUCGAGUUCACGAAACCCGGCUUCCUCACUUACAACGAGGAGUGCCCCGAACAGUUCUGGCGACUCCCCAAGAGGUUCCUCGGCAACAAGGUGACCGCUUAUGGAGGAAAGAUGGAGUUCGAGAUCGAGUACCAGGGCAGCGGUGGGUUCCACUCGGAGCCAUUGGUCGUCUUGAAGGGAAAUCAAAUCAUUCUCGUGCAUCGGCUGAAAGAUCAAGAACGAGUGCUGAGACCCGGACAGACUGCCAAGAUCACCAUCGAGACCUGGGAGAGCAACUGGGAACAACUAAACGGAGCACCAGCCACUCGCGAAGAUCUGAUGAUGGUGUUGGCCGAUUUGGACGCACUUCUGAUCCGUGCCCAACACGUCGAAAGCCAAUACUCGACCAGCCUUGGACGCGUCUCGUGGGAGGUGGCCACCGAAAGGACAACGUCAGACGGACAAGCACUUGAGGUCGAGCAAUGCCAAUGCCCACCCGGCUACUCUGGCACCUCGUGCGAGGACUGUGCACCAGGCUACGAGCGAUCGGGCACUGGCAGCUACCUGGGCACCUGUGUCCCUAUUCAGAGACAACCACAAGUCACUUGCUCAACUGCCGGCGCUAUCUCUCCCUAUGGACACCAGGGCAGAUGUCAAUGUAAACCUUAUACAACGGGCCCCAACUGUGACCAAUGUGCCGCGAAAUCUUUCCACUUGUCACCGCAAAAUCCACAGGGAUGCAUUCCAUGUUUCUGCAUGGGAAUCACCGAUCAGUGCCAGUCAUCAACUUAUCAACGCUCCACCGUCAACAUCGACUACUCGCGUGGUGACCGUGAUCCACUCUCGUUGACCUCAUCAGACGUCCACCAGCCAUUCACUCCAAGGGAACAGGCUCAAGUCACCGGCUCCGAGAUUCGCUUCAAUCGCUUUGGCGAGGCCCGUGGACAGACCCUUUACUGGAAAUUAUCAGAGAAAUUCACCGGAAACAAGGUGACUUCGUAUGGUGGCACGCUCAAGUACGUCUUCAAGUUCGAGGGUUACGGAACGCCGAAUCAAGACGCUGAUGUGAUCAUCCGCGGAAAUGAGAUCAGCUUACAGCACAAGGCACAAUUAAGCCCAAGAGCCGGCGCCGAGAACUCGCUUGAAGUCAAGUUCUUCGAGGAUCGCUGGCAGCGAACUGAUGGCGGUGCGGCUACCAGGGAACACUUGUUGAUGGCGUUGGCCGAUUUGGACACAGUGUUGAUUAAGGCCACCUACAACGACGAUCCGAACGGCGCCUCUUCGCUCCUCUCGACGAGUCUCGAGUACGCGGAGGCUUUCGGCGGAAACGGGCAACCAGCUUAUGAGGUCGAACAGUGCCAGUGCCCACCCGGCUACACUGGCACGUCUUGCGAAAAAUGUGCCCCCGGAUUCUCGAGAUCCGGCAAAGGAUUGUACUUGGGCACGUGCGAGCGAUGCGAGUGCAACGGACACGCCUCUCAGUGUGACAAGGAAUAUGGUUUCUGUAUCGAUUGCCAGCACAAUACCGAAGGAGAUCAAUGCGAGAGAUGCAAACCCGGUUUCGUCGGUGACGCGCGUCGCGGAACACCGCACGAUUGUCAGCCAGCUCCGACUAAACCACCAUGUCAAUGCAACAAUCACUCGCCCAGAGGAUGCGACUCGUUCGGAAGAUGUUUGCUUUGCGAGCACAACACCGAGGGAGUGCACUGUGAGCGCUGCAAGAAAGGAUACUAUGGAGAUGCGACUCGGGGACGACCCGACGAUUGUACGCCAUGCCCAUGCCCCGGUGCCUCGGAUUGCUUUUUGGACCCACAAGGACAAGUGUCGUGCCGUAUUUGCCCGGCCGGAUUGACCGGACGCACGUGUCAAGAAUGUGCUCCCGGCUACACGCGGAACACGAAACAGGACGGACGCCAGUGUAUCCCGAUCGGCGAUUUCAAGCAGGAUCACAUCGAUUUCAUCCCGGCGCCCGAUGCUCGCCUCCGCGUGGAGAUUCUCGAGAAGAAGCACCAAUUCGUGUACCCGGGCGAACGCGUGCAAUGGACGUGCCGAGUGGCCUCGAAAACGCCCCCAGAGCCAGUGCAAAUCGAGUGGCAACGCGUCGGUUACUCAAAUCUUCCCGAUGGGGCAUUCGAUGAUGGUCAAGGAAAUCUAAGCUUGGAAAGCGUGCAAUCGCAAGACGUUGGUGUGUAUCGAUGCAAAGGCUACACGUCUGGGCAAUUCGCGAACGACGACGCGCACUUAAGAUUGAUCGAGGAGCGACAAGAGGAGAGUGCCCGCCAUCGUCCAUUCGCUCCAACGACGACAAGUCGCCCAUUCAACGACCAAAUCGAUAAUGAGAGGGGACAAUCCACCCCGCAACCCAUUGUUGAGCCGGCUGGUCCGAUUACUGUCAAUGAGGGAGAGCCUGUCUCCCUUCGUUGCCACGUGCCCGGCAUUCCCGAUUGUCAAAUCACAUGGCACAAGGAGUAUAUCGGCGGCCCGCUGCCCCAUGGUGUCUACCAAGCCGGAAACGCUGUAAAGAUCCCACAAGCGCAACUCAAGGAUGCCGGCAACUACGUGUGCUCAGCGGUCACUCAAUACGGAAUCGGAAAGGCGCCCGAUGUUCAAGUGAACGUCGUGAGACCUCCUCCACCUCCACCACCCAGUGAUCCAAUCCCGCCACCACCGCGUCGCAGCUCGAAGAAGUGUGACACUCGACCUCGUCAACCACCUCCACCACCACCGCCAACGCCAAUGGCCGAGAUCUGGACCCCGCCACCGUCAAUCCCUGAUUGCUCGGAUGCCCCUCCUCCACCACCAACUCGUCCACCGCCCCGGCAAUGCGGACCCCGACGUGGCCCUCCACCACCCCCGCCUCGCCCCGAACACUGUCUCUUUGAGCCCGUCCGAAUCAUCGUCGAUCCACCGAGACAAGUUGUGCCUGAGGGAGAGCCCGCGCGCUUCAAGUGCACCACUCCUGGACACCCCAAUUUGCCGCUAUCGUGGACCAGACUCGGCGGCGGUGCUUUGCCGCCUGGCGCACAACAAAUCGGCGGAAUCUUGUACUUCCCACGAACAUCACAGGGAGACGUUGGACAAUAUGUGUGCCAGACCCACAACCCGGCCACGAAUCAACCGCUGAUCUCGACGCCUGUUUCGUUGGAGCUGGAGAGAACGCAAUCCCCACCACUCGUCGAUCCGCCCGUGCAAACGGUUUGGGAGGGUUCACCCGCUCAAAUCCGUUGCUGGAUCCCCGGUGUUCCGAACGCGCAAAUCGAUUGGACUCGUGCAGACGGGCAACAGAUAAAUCAAAACUCCGAGCAACGAGACGGAACGCUGAAGAUCUUCGAGUCGAAAAUGUCGGACACUGGAGAUUACCAGUGCACUGCCACCGAUCCACGAACCGGUGUCCCGCAAAGGGCACCCAUUGCACGUGUCAAUGUUCGCCUCGAGACACAAACGCCAGUUGCGCCGGUGGUUGACCCACCAGUGCAAACCGUUGACGAAGGAAAACAGUCCGAAGUGAGAUGUUGGGUGCCCGGGCAACCCGAUGCGCAAAUCAGAUGGAUGAAGAACCAGCGAGAUCCGCUUCCGCGACACGCCUACGAACGCGGCGGUGUGCUGACGAUCCGGAACACGCAACAAUCUGAUGCUGGCACGUACACCUGUAUCGCCUCAGAUCCGCAAGGCCGCAAUCCACAAAACGUUCCAGCAAUCAUCAACGUCAAUAGGCCUUUGGGCCCAAUUGUGGUGAAUGUCGAUCCGAAGUAUCAAGUGAGAACUGUUGGGGAUCCCUUCUACAUCAGAUGCUGGGUGGACGGGCAUCCGAAUAUUAAGGUCGACUGGAGAAAAGUGACUGGAGAUUUGUCCGAUGAAGCCGUUCAACAAAAGGGUGAUCUGAAAGUGGAACGGUCAGAGAUGGACGAUGCUGGGGAUUACAUUUGCUCAGCGAAAGACCCGAACAGUGGAGAGAUCGUCGACUCUGUGCCCGCAGCGGUUGUCAUUGUGGACAACGAGUUGCCACCAGUAGACGAGGCCGUUGAGAUCCACCCGCCAUCACAGACGGUACCCGAGAAGUCUAGCGCCACGAUCAGAUGCUUCGUUCCCGGCAACCCUGAUGCAAAAUUGUCAUUCAAACGUGUUGAUGGAGAGCCGGUUUCAUCAGAAAGCGAUGAGAACCAAGGAGUGCUCACGUUUAGAACGACUUCCUUGUCUGACACCGGUGACUACGUGUGCGUCUAUCAUCCCGACGACGGUCGUCCACCGAAACAAUCGACCGUCUCAAAGUUGAUCGUUACAUCCGCUGGCACUCCACCCCGCCCCGAGGCUACUCCACCACUUCUCAUCGUUCCACCCGGUGCUCCAGCUCGUUUCCAUUGCAAUCCAAACUCGAACACCCCAGCCAAAGUGAAAUGGGGUUAUGGAUCAGCUGAUGGACCACUUCGAGGCGAUGUGCAACAAGAUGGCGAUGACUUGGUGAUCAAUUCGGCUGACGAAUCACUUGUUGGCAAAUACGUGUGCUCGGCCACAAACGAUUUCGGAAGAGGCGAAGCUCCACCAGUUGAACUGAAAAUUUCCGAUGAAGAGCAACCACCAACGGCGAAAGUCGUCCCACGAACGUGGAUCGGCAAACCGCAUGACCGCCAUCAAUUCGACUGUAUCGUCACCGGAGUACCGACACCAACAGUGACAUGGACUGGCCCUAAUGGAGCCCCAUUGGCGCACGAUGUGACCCAAUUGGAUGACAACAAGCUCGACUUUGCUGAUGGACGAUCGGAGUUGAAUGGAGACUACACGUGCACGGCCAAGAACUCGGUUGGCGAAGCGCAAGACCACGGCUCGGUGCUGAUCGGUCCCACACUUCACGUGAUCACCGAUCCACCAGGCCCAAGAAUCGUCGUUGGUACCGGUGAACCAAUCCGCAUCAAAUGUAUGGCCGUCGGAGCGCCAGGAGAUCCGGAGCCUGAGGUGGAAUGGUUGCACGAUCCGGGACCGGAGCGAGGCGAUUUACCGGACGAUUUCGUGCCAAUCACCAUCUCCGAACAGUACAUCCACCACCCAUCGAUUGGACUCGGAAACGCGGGAACGUACACUUGCAAGGGAUCAAACGCUGUCGCCACCGCUACAAGGAAUAUCUACAUUGAGGUCGUCGAACCGUCAAAGAUCGCAACGGUGUCCGUUUUGGGCGGCUCAGUGCAAUUGUUUGAUUUGGGUGAGCCGGGCGAGGUGACUUGUGCAGCCACUGGAACAAAUUUGGUCGACAGACUCGAGUGGACCAAGGUAAACGAUCAACUCCCGCAAGAUGUCGAGGAGCACAACGAGCAGGGCGUCCUCCACUUCCCGUCAUUCAAACAAUCGUACACCGGCGAGUACGAGUGCCGUGGAUACCGCGGAACCGAGCUGAUCGCGUCGGCCAUCGUUGAAGUCCAUGCCAGCAAUGAGGACGUUGAGGAGCCGAGAGUCACAAUCGAUCCACCACGCGUCCGGGUUGUCGCCCAAGGUGACUCCAUCGUACUCAACUGUGCCGUUGAAGGAGCCAAGGCCAGCGAGCACUUCGAGUGGGCUCUCCUCCGCGGCGGUUCCCUUAUUAGAAAACUCGGAAAUCAGCCAAAACUGACGAUCCCCAAGGCCGACCCGACGAACGAUUAUGGAGUGUAUCGAUGCAACGUUGAAGACGAUAAUGGACUCGUUGUCGGAUCGGCAUUCGCUGCAGUCACGAUUGGAUACAGCUCGGAUAAGAAUCCCGAAGAGCUGAAAUUUGACGAGAAAGCCGACGCCACGUUGACUUGUCCAGUUUUCACGGUGCCCGGCUCGAAGGUGGAAUGGUCACGCAAAGACGGCGAGCUCCCCUCGAAUGCGGUGCCGAUGGGAAACAAGUUGGAAAUCAAAGACUUCAACGACGACUCGGCCGGGCUCUACGUGUGCAAGGUGAACGUCGAGAAUCAAGUGGUCGAGGGAUAUGUCGAUGCGAAGAUCUUUGUGCCCGACACGAUCAUCCAAGUGAUGUUGGAGACCUCGUCGGAUAGUGUCAACAUCGGCGAGAGGGUUUGGUUCGAUUGCAAGGUGACCGGAGACGACACUGCGACGAUAUCGUGGGUCCGUGAGGGAGCCGACUCGUUGCCCGACAAUGCUCAGGUGACCGGCAAGCGUCUGCAGUUCAACCAAUUGCGCGAGGACAACGCCGGCGGGUACAAGUGCAUCGCGAAGACGAAAGCCGCAACAUUGGAGGCGAAAACCGUGCUGAACAUCGGCGGCGUCGGUGGUGCGUACUUGGAUCUGCAUUCGGUGACGAGGGGCAUUGGACAAGAUGCUCAUUUAUAUUGCCCAAUCGCUCUGCCAACCCCGAGAACACCCGUCCAGUGGAAUCGAGCCGACGACAAACAGAUGUCCGUCAAUGCGAAAGUCGAUCGGGGAAUUCUGACGAUUCCCUCGGUGUCUCGGAGUGACGCCGGUGUGUACACUUGCUCAGCACCGGCCGAGGAUGGAAGUGGUGGCACGGCGGAGAUCCAACUCAAAGUCACGAGCAUGAUCCCGUCAUUCAACGGCUCAAGUUGGAUCGAAUUGCCCCCACUUGGGGACUCACAGUUCGCAAAUCUUCAACUCGACAUCAAUUUCAAGCCGAAAACUCACGAUGGUCUCUUGAUCUACACAGAUAAAGUGAAUCCAUCACGACACGAGACGAAUUUCCAUUCGGGCGGCGUACGAGACGGAAAGUUCGUCUACACAUACGAUAUCGGGCACGGAGUUGAACACCUCGAGACACGGAACGAGAUUCGCUUAAACGAAUGGAAUCAGAUUCAAAUCAACAACACGCAGACUUAUGCAUCAAUCAAGUUGAACGACGGAGAGACGGUGUCUCGGGGCCACAAAAAGCCGACGAUUCUCCAAUACGAGGCCGUUUCACUGGACAUCGGUGGAACGAGCGGAAUCCAGGGGAAAUAUCUGACGAAAAUCCCAUCGAAUUACAAAGGAGUGAUCGCCAGCGUGCUCGUCGACGGUGAGCCGCUGGAUUUGAGUGUGGGGAAACGAGUCGGAGAGGUGGCCUUGUAUGACGCGUGUCAGUAUGAACCCUGCCAGAAUGGGGGUCACUGCAUUCCGGCCAAUGUCGGCCACGGUUUCAUUUGCCAAUGCGAUCCGAGAUUCGCCGGAGAGUUUUGCGAGAAGCGAUCGAAUGUUUGUGGGCCGGAAGACUGUAACACCGGGAUUUGCCUGGAGAACCACGAGGAGGGCACGUGGCGAUGCGUUUGUCCACUGGGAGUCACGGGGAAGAACUGCGAACUGCACUCACCGGAUCCUUUACCCGAAACAAUCUCGUUCUCGGGCGAGAACUCGUUCUUCUCCAUGCCAUCACCGAGCCAAAUCGAUAAUUUCAGUGUCUCAAUGAAAAUCAUGGUGCCGAAAACACCCAAAAACGAGUCGAUGUUGCUGUAUUUGGCCUCGUCCUAUUCGGCGACGUCUAAGGGCUUCUUGAACUUGGCGAUCAUCGAUAAUCACCUUGUCUACAUGUACGAAAAUGGAGCAGGGAAAACAACAAUUUCUUCGACGCAUCGAUUGCACGAGGGUGAAGAGAAUGUGAUUGAGUUGAGACGGGAAAACGGGAAAACGACGCUGAUUUUGAAUGGACAACGGUCGAAGAGUGUGACCUCAUCCUCGUUCCGACCGGGCACCGAUCUUUUUGUGGGCGGACUCUCGCCGGGGAUCCCGAAAAAUCGAAAAGCCGCCCUCGAUCCGUUUGGUGGAUGCGUGAACGAACUGAUCGUCAAUGGAAAAAGAGUGGAUUUCCGCGCGAAAAACACCCAUUCGUCGGGCGAUUUGCAGAAAUGUGAACGAACAGUUUUCGAGACGGCAAGAGAUCGAAAUGAGCUGACAGAAAACCUCCCAGCGCCAAUAAAACCCUCGAUAUUUGUGCCGACCCCACCACCAACUCGGCCACCAACACCAACGAGAAGAUUUGAGCUUCCAAUCAUCACCGAAGAUCCGAAUUUGCGUUUCACGCAGCUCCCGACGAGAGCUACGACAACGACAACUACGACAACAACGAAAAAUCCGGAAAUAAUCAUCCCUGAGCUGGAAGAAGAGACACAGAUGAAAUUGAUCGUUGAUCCAAAAAACUCAUUUCAGACGGUCUUCGUCGUGCCCGAUCAUCUUCCAUCGGAAGAUCCGCACUUCGUUCGGCCUACUGAAGGAGCCAACAUUGAUCCGGGCCACCAACUCCCGCCGUAUCCCGAAGACGAGUCGGCACUGGAAGGGCAUGUUGAACCGGGAAAGGAACCCACCGAGGUGCUCGAAUCCGAGGAAACGGACCAAAGAUGGGAAACGCUGCAGACGGACAAACCGACUGAGAUCACGACAACAACGACGACCACGGCACCCCACAUCCUCCCCACCGACACCGCCCAAUCCAAUGAGUGGUCAGCCGAGAGACAAAUGAGCACAACAACCACAACGGAGGAACCGGAGCCCGAGGUCACCGAAAUCGGCGCCGACGGGACGUUGCGGACGACUGAUCGAGUGAUUCGACCCACCGUGGAAUCGGAUUUGGAUGCAGCCAUCGAACAAGCCGACGAUUAUCCGGUUUUCACGCCGAGACAAGAGGAAACCAAUGAAGAGCACUUCUACGAAUUGUCGACGGAUCGGGAACCAAUGGAAGUACAUUUUGAGAAGCCCACCCCAACCCCAUCAAUCGUCACUGAGACCGAAAAAGAGUCACAAGAGGAGAUCACAACGACAGUGAUCAUUCCCGCAGAAGAGGCUCCGUCACAAAUCGCUCCGCAUGAAAUCCCAACCCAAGCCGAGACCUGGCACGAAACGGAAACCCGACCCGAGCUGGAUCCUGGAGAUUUGGAGCCAACCGAGUUGCCGACCCCGGAAGUGAAUGAUUGGUCCACUCAAUUACCCAUGGCCGAUUUGAACGAUCACAGCGGAGAGCUGAGCGGCGAGGAGAUCCGCGUCGGGACACCGUCGCCAACUCGAGCGCCAACAACCGGUCGGCCGACCACCGAGCAGACACAUAUUGCUCAACCUGAUCCGUAUGUGACACCGUGUCCCGGUGGUCGCUGCAAGUGGGCGGAUUUGUGCGCCGGACAGCGCUGCGGGAUGAACGGAGUGUGCCGGCAACUGAAUGAGAGCCAUUUCGAGUGCCAAUGCCGAAUCUACUACGAUGGACCGAAUUGUGAUAUUUUCAAACCGAUCGAGCACGCGGCCCGUUUCGAUGGAGACGCCUUCAUCGAGAUGGCUGGCGAUGAUUUCCCGCAUACGAGCAGCGAAAUCGAGGAAACAAUCGAGUUCAAGUUCAAAACGAAACACAUGAAUGGGGUGAUGCUCUGGCAAGGGCAAAACCCGGAUCAAUCGCUGGUUGGUGAGGACUAUGUGUCGAUUGGUGUCCGAGAUGGGUUCCUCGUUUUCGCCUAUGAGCUUGGCGGUGGCGCCGCCGAGAUGGUCAGCCAUUUCCGUGUCGACGAUGGAUUGGAGCACAAUGUGAUCGCUUUGCGGAAAGGCCGCGACGGGGCGAUGUUCGUCGACAAUUUCCCGCCAAUCAACUCCUCCAGCUCGGGCAUUCUGGCGAUGCUCAAUGUUGAUGGCAAUAUUUUCGUUGGCGGUGUUCCGGAUCUCUCCUUUAUGACUGGCGGUCUGCACAGCUCGAACUUCAUCGGCUGCGUGGCGGAUGUGACGCUGAACGGGGAGAAGUUGGAUCUGAUGGGCUCGGCGGUUGACGGGCAAAACGUGCGCCCGUGUGACGAAUGGGUGACCCCGAAGAGGUACCUCCAUGCGGUGAAAAGAAGAAAAAGAGCUGGGAAUGGUGAAUUUGAGGAAAUGCUGAGGGCAGACAGACGCGUUCGCUCGCGGCAUGGCUGGGGAAGAAAUUUU